AUGGGGUCAUUUCCAAAUGUUUUUCUGAUCCUGGCAUCGGGUCUCCUGCAAGCUGUGGAAGGGUCAAUGAUACAGCUGAAUGACAAUGGAUAUGAUGGUGUUGUGAUUGCGAUUAAUCCCAGUGUGCCUGAGGAUGAAAAACUCAUUCAAAAAGCAAAGGAAAUGGUAACGGAAGCUUCCACCUUCCUCUUCAGUGCUACAAGGAAAAGAGCUUAUUUCAGGAAUGUGAGCAUUCUAAUUCCCAUGACAUGGACCUCAAAGCCUGAGUAUUUAACCCCCACACUGGAGUCCUAUGAGCAGGCAGAUGUCAUUGUCGCUGAUUCUUACCUGAAAUACGGAAACGAUCCCUAUACACUCCAAUAUGGACAGUGCGGAGAAAAAGGAAGAUAUAUACAUCUCACUCCUAACUUCUUGCUAGAUGAUAAUAAGCAUAUCUAUGGAUCCCGGGGCAAAGUGCUUGUCCAUGAAUGGGCCCAUCUCCGCUGGGGAGUGUUUGAUGAAUACAAUCUUGACCAGCCAUUCUACAUUACCAGUCAGAACAAAAUUGAAGCAACAAGAUGUUCAAGACACAUUACUGGUGUUAACAGAGUAUUGAAAUGCAGUAAGAAGAGUUGUGCAGUCAGGCAGUGCAAAACCAAUCGACAGACAGGAAUGUAUGAAACAAAAUGUCAGUUUAUACCGGAAAAAUCACAGAAGGCAAAGGCAUCCAUAAUGUUUAUGCAAAGUCUAGAUUCGGUAGCUGAAUUCUGUACUGCCAAAACACACAACCCAGAGGCACCCAACCUCCAGAACAAGAUGUGCAACCAAAGGAGCACGUGGGAGGUCAUCAUGGACUCUGAAGACUUUAGAAACGUAUCCCUGAUGGCAGGAACAAACUCUCCACCUCCACCUACAUUUUCUUUGCUGAAGACCAAGGAGCACAUAGUCUGCUUAAUUCUUGACAAAUCUGGAAGCAUGAGUACGAAAAACCGACUCUCUAACCUGGUUGAGGCCGCUGAACUGUACCUAAUCCAAAUUGUCGAAAUGGGAUCCUGGGUUGGGAUGGUCACGUUUGACAGUGAUGCCGAGAUCCAAAAUAAUCUGACACAGAUAGUCCCUGGAAAUGCAACCCAGGAAAUCAUCGAGAGACUGCCUAAAGUAGCAAAUGGUGGAACUUCAAUCUGCGGGGGACUCAGAGCAGGAUUCCAGGUAAUUACCCAAAGUAACAGAAGUAUUUCUGGUUCUGAAAUAGUUUUAUUAACAGAUGGGGAAGAUAGUGAAAUAAGCACUUGUUUUAAUGAGGUCAAACAAAGUGGAGCCGUGAUUCACACUGUCGCUUUGGGACCAGAUGCUUCCAGGGACCUAGAGAAGCUGUCACUUAUGACAGGAGGCUAUAGUGUUACUCCCAAAGACAGGAUGAUAGACCUCCUUGAUGCGUUCAGUAGAAUAACAUCCAGAAGUGGCGACCUCUCCCAAAAGGCGAUUCAGCUUGAGAGCAAAAGUGUAACACUCAGUUCCAAGGAGUGGAUGAAUGGCACAGUAAUCGUGGAUAGCACAGUCGGAAAUGAUACUUUCUUUGUUAUCACAUGGACAGAGAACAUUCCCAGCAUCUAUCUUCAAGACCCCAAAGGAAAGGAAUAUCGAAAUGCAGAUUUUUCAAUUAAUAAGCUAAACAGUAAGGCUGCUCGCCUCCGAAUCCCAAAAACUGCAGAGACAGGAAAUUGGAUUUACAAACUUCAAAAUGAAAAAAGCCUUCAAACCCUAACACUGACUGUGACCACUCGAGCAAAAAGUCCUACAGUCCUCCCAGUGAUUGCGACUGUGCAUGUGAACCAAAGUACAGGCCAUUUUCCUAGUCCAAUGACUGUUUAUGCUCAAGUGAGCCAAGGAUUUUUGCCUGUUCUUGGAGCUAAGGUGACGGCCGUUAUAGAAACAGAGGGCGGAUUGCAAGAGACCUUGGCGCUUUGGGACAACGGAGCAGGUGCUGACACCGUGAAGAAUGAUGGCAUCUACUCAAGAUAUUUCACAAGCUAUCAUGAAAAUGGCAGAUACAGUUUAAAAGUGUUGGUCCAGGCAAGAAACAAUACAGCCAGGAUAAGCAUGAGAUCACCCCAGAGCCGAGCUAUGUAUGUACCAGGCUACGUGGACCAUGGUAAAAUUAUACUGAACCCACCAAGACCUGAAGUCAAAGGCAAGGAAAUGGAGGUGAAGAUAGAAGAUUUCGGCCGAGUAACUUCUGGAGACUCAUUUAUACUAGCAGGAGUCCCAUCUGGGUCCAUCCCGGAUAAGUUCCCACCCAAUAAAAUUACUGAUCUGAAGGCUAAGUUCCAAGCAGACCACAUUCUUCUCUCAUGGACAGCUCCUGGCGAUGACUAUGAUAAAGGAAAAGCUGACCACUAUAGAAUAAGAAUGAGUGAAAAUUCCAUGCAGCUCCGAGACCAUUUUGAUAAAGCAACUCCAGUGGACACUUCUGGUCUGAUGCCCAAAGAGGCCAACUUCAAGGAAGCAUUUAAGUUUAAACCAGAAACUUUGAAAAUAAAAAAUGGCACAAAAGUCUACAUUGCAAUCCAGGCCGUUGAUCAAGCCAACCUCACCUCAGAAAUCUCAAACAUAGCACAAGCUGUUAAGUUUCUCCCUCCUUGUCCUUGUCCGGUACCCAGUACUGAAGCUCCCUCUCCUAAUAACAGCAUUAGCUACAGCAUUAAUGUUGCUACAGUAAUUUGGGCAGUAGUUGGAGCAGCUGCAACUAUUAAUAUAUUUUAA